CAAUUUUGUUGGGCGGCAAUGUAUUGCGGUUAUGUAGUUUUUUUCGUAGAUUUACACUGCAAAAGUAAGUACGUAACCGCGAUGUACCGUUGUGAAAUAAAGCAGUUGUUUGUGUUAUCUUAAAUUCUAUAAUUUAAAACAAAGUACUCAGGCGAAGGCUCCCUUUGUUUUUAAUCAAUUUUUUACAUGUUCCGUUCGUUCCUUCCUAGUCUAUAUCGGUUUAACGGUCUUGUUUUUGUGAUCGAACACAACAACACAUGUUUAUUCUUAAAUCAUAUGAAGUCACAUAAAAAUUACUAAAACCCGUGGGCAAUAUCAUAAACGAAGUUUAUGGAGUCGUAGCCACCGCGCGUAUUCACAGGUCACAGCGCUUUUCAACAACCGCCGAGCUUCCAGCAACACGAGAAGGAAUGCCGCCAGGAUAGCCAACUUCUGAAAGGCAAUCUAUAAUUCAUUAAGUUUUUAUUAAUUUCAGGCUACUGCCAAAACAUAAGGCUUAAAUUUAUGAUAAAAAACAGGAAAAGCUCUGCGUCUUGACCUAAUUUAUAAUCAAUCACUUUCACUAACAUUGAUCUUAUGUCACCAUCCAAUAAAAACAUAUGUUCAUCGAUAAUAAAAAAGUUUUGCUGCAUUUGCCGUUAGCAAAUCUGUUCCGUAAUUUUGUCAGUACUUCGAAAAUGCGCAUAGACGUUCAUAAAUGAUCAAAAGUUUUAAAAAAUCAUGGUUAUAUGAAAUUUGAUGUACCACGCACUGCUAAUGAAGUCCUUUAUUUCUUUUCUUUAUAGUUUUGGCGAUUGAUUCGCAAAAUAGUCGUUCAAAGUCACAAAAUUUUGAUUUUGUGGUAGCAUCAAGCACUUGAAGGAUUAUCGUCAGCAACACGGGUUUCUAUAACAUUUAUUGGGGCCCAACAUUGAAGGAGUUCUAGUAGCCAUGCCAGGUUUAUGCGCAAACGGUGGUUGCAGUGGUCAGGGCGGCUGCGAAUCGUAUUUACAGAUAAAUUAUGAGUUGAAGUGCAGAAUGUUCAUGGAAGUAGAAGCAUAUAAGUUAAUGAGAUCAUGAAAUGUGUAAUGAUGCGCAUAUGAUUAGAAUGUGUUAAAUCCUUGAAAGCACGUUUAUUCCUGUUGUUGCUUACAUCGAUAGGGCGGGUAGCCAUUACAUGCUGCUCACAUGACCCUGUUGUUUGGCCCCGUGAUCAGUCGGCUCGUUCCUGGCAAAUUCAAAUUGCUGUGAGGUGUUUACGAUGGAUAUAUUCGAUCAUGAUUUGGAGAACAGGUAUGUUUAUUGACAGGGAGUGAUAAGACAGACUAAGGAUGGAUCUUGGGCGUUAUCAUCUUCAAUCUCCCGCUGAAGGUCACCUUGUGUUGUUUAAAAAUGAGUUUUGACAUAAAUAGUUGGGUGGCCAGUCCUGAUAAGCCUGCCUGAGGUGUUUGUUGAUAGUACUACGUAAUUUCCUCCAUGAGCUUCAUACUGUGUUUCAGAUAUCACUUGAGUCGGAAAUUAUGAAGUCUGUGUUACGCUUGCGGUAAGAUAGCGAUAAACGUGUACAAAUUUGAGACUCAAAUGUGAAUACUUAGGUUAAUGGUGCAGUAAGUUAUGUGAGCGUAUGGCUGAUACAAUGGAAUCUGAAAGAUUUCCCCUCAUCUUUUUAACUAGUCAGGAGAAGGACGGUGAUGGAAGUGAAGACUGUGUAACUGACUCAAAAGACAUUAUAGCUGCACAGAGUUUGACAAUAGUCGAAGAGGAUGGAUCGCUUGGGUCUGUGGAAGAUCAAAGUGCAGUGGCGGAGUUGGCACAAACUCAAGGGCUGUUGGAAGCCGGUGAUGAAGAAGUACAAUAUCAGUUUAGAGCAGCAGAUUCAGGCACAGUUACGUACAGAGUGGUCCAGGUGACAGGUGGGGACAGCCCGGAGCACCAGAUGCCGCAGGUUGUGGCAACUGCAGGGGAUGGCACAACGUUUGCUACAGCAGGGCCUGCAACUCCGGGCAUCCAAGCUGUGCUGACGAAUCCUCUCAAUGGCCAAGUAUAUGUGAUUGGCAGCACACCUGAGGUAUUCACCACACAAACAGCAAGGCCUGUGGCUACACGAACAUCUGAAUCGAGUUUGGGAAGGGGGAUAGUGCCCACGCGUGAUGACAGGAGAAGAGCAACGCAUAAUGAAGUUGAGAGGAGGCGCAGGGAUAAAAUAAACAACUGGAUUGGGAAACUCAGCAAGAUCAUACCGAACUGCUCACCUGAAUCUACAAAAACUGGUCAGAGCAAAGGCGGAAUUCUGGCAAAGGCCUGCGAGUACAUAAAUGAGCUGCGCGAAGCCAACAUCCAUAUGACAGACACUGCACGUCAUCGUGAAAAGGAACUGGAACAGUUGAGAAGGCAGAAUGAAGAGCUGAAACGGGAAAAUGCAGCACUGAGGGCACGAUUGGCACAGGUGGGGGAAGGUGCAGCAGCUACAUGAGGUGUUGUAGGAAGUGUAAAUCCUCGAAGGGGGAGGAGCGGAGGUAGUCAUUGGCUUCGAUGGACCCAUUGGCACUGGGUCACUAAGCACUGUGGACUCAGAGGGUGUGUUCCUGAAAUUUGUACACUCCCUCCUUCCUCCAGACAACACGUUAAUUUGCAUGUUGUGCUGUUGAGAGCACUCUUGUCAGUCACAUGUUGGGAUUUACUUAAGUAACACGGUUUCUGUGACAGUUGUACAUAUGUCGUUAUAACUAUAGCAUGAUGUGUAUAAAAGUUGUUAGUUUUGAUUGUGGCUGUGCCUAGUGAUUAAGGAUGGAGAUCGAAGCACCUAUAGCUAUGUUGUAAAUGAAAUUCUGAAAAGACCUGUUCUCUCUGUCACUGCAUGUAAAAAAAUAAAAUAUUUGUUCAGGAGAUUAGUGUAAUUCUUAAAGUUGAACAUUUUUUGCUAAAGUGAAACUGUCUGCAUUUUUUGUGUCUAAUUACAUGUUACUGUUUUCCUGGAAACAUGUGACUGUUCCCUCAUUAGGUACUCAUUUACAUUUUAAGGCUCCUAGUGUGAUGCACGGGGAAGAAAAGCAAUGUUCCACUUCAUUUGUUCCUCAGUAGCAAUCUGUGAACCAUAGUUUAUAGUAUAUGUAUAAAUCUUAAGAUUUGAAAAUGUACUCUAGAGGCAGCAUUAGCGGACACUUAAUCAUGCAGCUCCAUAGAUAGUUUAACUAUGUGUGUGUGUGUGCUGCCCUGUUCAUUAUUCACAAUUACUGCCAUGCAUUACGCAACAGUUUCCACAGAUUAUAACUUCCAUUAUGCCAAAAGCUUUGACUUUGACCGCUAUGCAUUUUUUAUCAUUUGUGGUUUGCAGAAAUCUAACAUAAAGUGUGCAAGCUGUUUUUCAGGAGAUUUAAUUGACUAUUAUACAAUUCAGUGGCUAAGAAUUGUCUAAUGAGUUUGAUAAUGAAAAGAGGAGAAAGUCUCUCAUUUGAAGAUUGUUACUUUUGCUGCUGACAAACCAAUUUUCUAGACGACAUACUUUUCACAUUUGUCAUCAAUAAUGACUAAAAUACUACCCGCCCUUUCGUUGAGAAUCGUAACCAUUUUUGUUUGUGUGGAAACAGCUAUGAUUGACUGUAAGUAGCCUGUAAAGUUGUUGCUAAAAAGUAGAAAUAAUGUUCUGAAAAAAACUAAACUCUGUAUUCCACUGCUGAGAUUUCCCUCAUCCAUCAUAUCCCUGUGUGUAACAGUUACUGACCUGUAUGGUGACAGAGAGGAAUGACAUAUUGUCAGACUUAACCACCAAACUAUGUGGUACUGCUGUAUUAAAUUAUGUGCUGCAUUAGAAAUGCAGUAGAUUACAGAGAUUUUUAAAUUAGAAGUGAGUAGUUUUUAUAAAUUUCAACCCUAUGCAAUUCAUUCAGAAUGUACUGUCUUUAAACUUUAACCAAUUUCUUUUAGGAAUAGUGAAAUGAUGCGAGAUGUACCUAAGGAAGACUAUGUCCACUGAGAAAGGAAUCUUGUAUUCACCUAUGCAAAAGUGGUUGCACUGAUAAGAGAAAGACAUUAAGUGUACUUGAAAUAGUCACUUUUAAUAAUCUGUUUUAUGGUUUUUUACAAGCUUUAUUGGUAUGACAUGCAGUCAGUUUAGCCUUUCAAAAUAAAUAAGUCUUCUGCUGAUUCAGUUGGACAUCUAUAUUGAAUUUUGAGUUCAUAUGUAAAUUAUGGAACUUUACAUAUUUUUGAGGCUCAUAUCCCACAAAACAUUUGAUGUACAGAAUUUGUGCUUAGCAGAUAAUGUAAAUAAGAGAAAAAUUAUAUAUACGUUUAUUAAUAUAUGUAAAUAUGCAGAGUACUUCCCUCCCCACCUAGAAAAAAAGAAAAAGAAAACAGAUAUACCGAGCCUGAUCAGUGUGUAACAUCAUAGGUAUUUUAUAAUAAUUUGUAUGUAGUAUUUACACAGACAGUUUGACCUUUUUUUUCCCCCCAAACGGGUUGCACUGUUCUGUGCUCUGUAUAUUUUGUGAUGUUCAUUUAUGCUGCAUGUUUGGAGUACAUGAGGUUUAUGAAAUGUCCCAUAUCUACAUGUGUGAAUGUUACUUCAGGCCUAACAAUGACAAGUUAAAUUUGACCAUACUGCUUUACAGAAUAAAAGACAAGAUUACGUGAUAGAAUGUAAUAUGUUUAAUAGUCAGUUGUAACUCUUCCAGGGAGGUUUAAAUUGAAAUCCCCAGUUGAGAACUGUAUGUAGCUAAUUGAUGUAUGCAAUUAUAUGAAAUUGUGUGUUCCUUACUGCUAAAAA